AUGAGUGACCAAAUCCAUAACUAUAGUGAAUGGGAACAAUAUCUCUACCAAGGGUUUCCUCUUGAUGAUCACACAAAUUUGUACAACACUACUACUAAUUAUAAUGAAGUCCCUUUGGUUUCGAAUCAAAUUGUGGCGGGCAAUAACAGCACGUUUUAUGCCUCAGAAAUGGCGAACCUGCAGGUGAGCAGCCCAGGAAAAGCGAAACGGGCCAGACGGGCCAAGAAUUCGCAGUCGGCCCAUCCCACGACCUUUCUCAAUGCCAGCAUCACCAACUUCCGGGCCCUGGUCCAGCAGCACACGGGCUGCCACACCAAUGAACAUUCUACCCCAAAAGGCCCCAUUACUCUCUGCUUUGCCUCCUCACCGGAAAACACUCACGCCUACUCCAAUCACGGCCGUUUCUAG